GUUCAAUCCUUCUUUUUCUGCUUUUUUGUCGCUCUCUACAUUCAGAAUUGCAUUCUGUCGCUCUUUAUAUCACAUCAUACUCUCUUUUUUUGCAUUUACCUCUCAUAAUAACUACCAGCGUGCUUUCAAUUUCUAUCUCUCAGUUGGGACAAUCGACUCAUUAAUUGACGCACUCUGCCCAACUCAUAAUCAAACACCGCCACCGACACUCUUUUACUGUACCGAAGUACCACGCAACAAAAAACCAAAUUCAAUUAUCGAUCAUGGCAUACAUUGGCGACGCGGCGGUCAUCUUUUUUGUCAUUCUCGGCUGUGUAAUGCUGACUCUAUCCGGCUACUCCACUCACUACCUCAUGACCAAUGGGUUUUACGGCUUAGAGCGGGACUUUGAUCCCACCGCAGAGCAGAGAGUGUAUAUGCGGCAGCUGAGACUAAGGGACCUGCAUUGGAUGGCGAGGGAUAACAGGGUUAAAACCGAGGACAGUCAGUCGGCUGUUUAAGGAUACCAUCUAUAUCAUCAUCGGAGUUAUGGGAGUGUGGGCUGUGCUUUGGAGCAUGGGAUGGCGUCUAGGGUCGUUAUUGAGAUCAUG